CAUGCCGUCAGGUCAAUGCACUCACGCCACUCACAAGAGUAGGCCAGGUGAGUCUCAGGUAAGCUGUGAUGUCAUCAUGGUACUUUUGAACUCUCCGGUUGUAAAUCUAUAAAGGUGUGUACUUGCUGCUCAGGUAGCCGGCCAUUGUGUGUCUCUGUGUGUGUGCGCAUGAGUUAGUAGCGUCUGAGUGGUGGGGAAAACGAGAGACGUUGAAGUUGCUGCGAAUAAGCACCGAAAAUGGUCCAGGAGGUUUGAGUGGGUUACCUGAGAGAGACUGCUGGUCGCCAGCAUGUACCCUAACUCCCAGCCGGCCAGACUCCCGGCGCAGACGCUGCCUAUCAACAGUCAGUACAUGGUGCCUCCGUAUGACUUCACCGCUUACCAUCACAUGCCGGGAGUCGCCGACCCAUCCGCGAGUGCCUGGAAUCCCGUUUACCGCGAGGAGUACCCCUUCAACUUCCCGGGUUCCAGCCCUGGCGCCGGGCAGGUGAACUUCAACUCAGCAGAGCUGAGCGGCGUGUCCGCCGGCCUUGGAGGAGGAGCCCUCAACCACUACAACCUUUUCUCUAGUCAGGACCCCUUUUGCCGAAGGAGACCCCAUGAGCCCGCCAAGGUCCCGGCCCCUGCAGGAGGAAAGACUCGCACAAAGGAAAAAUACAGGGUGGUUUACACGGACCACCAGCGGCAGGAGCUGGAGAAUGAGUUUCAGUUCAACCGCUACAUCACAAUGAGGCGCAAGUCUGAGCUGUCCGUGGCACUGAAUCUCUCCGAAAGACAGGUGAAGAUCUGGUUUCAGAACAGACGCGCCAAAGAAAGGAAGAUACACAGGAAGAAGCUGCAAGAUUCCCAGCAGCCCUCCACGUCCACCUCCACCCCGCCUGUGCCCAGUGGGUCCAGUGACGGCCACAACGCACCAAGCCCAGGCGGCAAUAUUCUACCAAGUGCCAUAUCAGAAGAGUACAAGAUGGAGUUCAUAUGACUGGGAAGUUGUUUUUGUUUUUUUUUUUGUUUUUUAACAGAAUGAGAGAAGAGAUUAGUGAAGUGUUGAAAUGAUGAACUGUGAGCCAUUCCCAAUAAGGGCAUAAGUCUGAAAUGAACUAUUUUUUGACAACUUUAAUCUGUGAAUGCGGAUGACUGCGCAGACACUGUUAAGACCCCGAAUGAAGAGAUAUAAAUGGUCACAAUGAAGGAAAAUGUUAAAAUUGUUUGCCGAUGCUGGAAUUUCUUCUGUUUACUAUGCUUUAAAUAUUAAACAAUGUGAAUUGCACUUGAGCACAUCAGGGAUUACCACAAUGUAAAAAAAAAAAAUUUGAGGCAAGGAAAAUAUUUUUAUAUUGGAAACAAGAAGAAGGAACAGAAACUGUUCUGUUUGUCACAACGAAGGAAAGAUCAGCUUUCACAUUCAUAUUGACACAGAAAACAUCGGCUCAGUCAAAUGAGCAGCUGCGUCGUAUUGCACGCACCAAAUACUCUAUAUUACAAAGGUGCACAAAAUGUGUUGAUUUACAAUGGGGGCGGGGAAAAAAACAUUUGUGAAAGGAAUAAUUCCCAGCACAGUCAUGACCCUGGUUGAAGUGUGAAAGGUUUUGUGCUAACAGAAGUAUUAGAAAGACGGCAGCCACAUCCUGAGGAGCAGUUGCAAAUUGCCCAACAGCAUGUGACUCAUGAGCGAAUGGCCUUUAUACCUCCAUUCACACAUGCGCACACACUCUCGCACAUUUUCAGCAACUGUGUGAUUUACUGUGAAAUUU